AAUCGACACAAGCCAGCAUCCACAAGACAAUUACCAGUCAGAAACACCAUCAACAGUCUCUCAGUUCUUAUAUCAAUCUUGCACCCUCUCGGUCCAGUACUACAACCAUCUCAACCAACACCACGACCACUUCCAUCACAACACCACUCACAACCGAAGCAAUGUCUCCCCCUCGUCGCGCUCUCAUCGCCGUCACCUCGGCCCAGGCCACCCUCUUCCAGGGCAAAGAGACCACCGGCCUCUUCAUCAGCGAAGCCCUACACCCGUUCAAGGUGCUCACCGCCGCUGGCUUCGAGGUCGACCUCGCCUCCGAGACGGGCAGCUACACGCCCGACUGGCUGUCGCAGCAGCCUGACUUUCUCAGCGGCGAGGACCUGACCAUCUGGAACGACACCAACAGCGACUUCCGCAAGAAGCUCGACAACAUGCCGCGCGCCGCCGACGUCGACGGCGCCCGGUACGGCGUCUUCUACGCCUCGGCCGGCCACGCGGCCCUGAUCGAUUACCCGACCGCAACCAACCUGCAGCGGAUCGCGUCCCAGGUCUGGGCCAACGGCGGCGUGGUGUCAUCGGUCUGCCACGGCCCGGCUAUCUUCCAUGGCGUGGUCGACCUUGCGACCAACGAGCCCUUGAUCAAAGGCAAGGCCAUCACCGGCUUCACGACCGAGGCCGAGGUCACCAUGGGUAUUAUGGCCGAGUUGAGGGCGUGGAAUAGCCCCAUGGUGGAGGAGCUUGCUGAGAAGCUGGGAGCAACACAUACAAGCGCGCUCCUGGCAUUUGGGACGACUUCCACGUUGUUGAUGGCCGUCUGGUCAGCGGUCAGAACCCGGCGAGUGCAACUUCGACUGCCCGCGCCGUGGUUGAGGUGUUUGAGACACUCUGAGGAGGAUGGCAUGGUUUUCUUGUCGAGAUUUCCUUUGUCGAGAUGCAUAUAGAUGGAUUAGCAAGACAGUGGUUGGUUUUUCAAUGAAAUGGUCUUCCUAAC